CCCCAGAGCGCGCCUGGAGCGGCAGGCGGGGGAAGCGCCCUGCGCGCAGGCGAGGGGGCCGUCAUUGCUCGCCAGCCGCCGGCGCCAUGGCCACCCUCAGUGAAAAUGUCCUCUUUGGAAUGGGAAACCCUCUUCUUGACAUCUGUGCUGUGGUGGACAAGGAUUUCCUUGACAAAUACGGGCUGAAACCAAAUGACCAGAUCCUGGCAGAGGAGAAACACAAAGAGCUAUUUGAAGAACUGGUGAGAAAAUUCAAGGUAGAAUAUCAUGCUGGUGGAUCUACGCAGAAUUCCGUUAAAGUGGCGCAGUGGAUGAUCCAGUUCCCCUACAAAGCUGCAACCUUUUUUGGCUGCAUUGGUACCGAUAAAUUUGGUGAGAUCCUCAAAAGAAAAACGGAAGAAGCUCACGUUGAUGCUCACUACUAUGAACAAAGCGAAGAACCGACGGGAACCUGCGCUGCCUGCAUCACCAGUGAUAACAGGUCUCUGAUUGCUAACUUGGCUGCUGCUAAUUGCUAUAAGAAAGAAAAACAUCUUGAUAUGGAGAAGAACUGGAAGCUGGUAGAAAAAGCUAAAGUUUAUUAUAUUGCAGGUUUUUUCUUGACGGUGUCACCAGAAUCCAUAAUGAAAGUCGCAACUCAAGCUUCUGCAAACAACAAGAUCUUCAGUUUAAAUCUUUCUGCACCAUUCAUUAGCCAGUUCUACAAGGACCAACUGAUGGAAGUCAUGCCUUAUGUUGACAUCCUGUUUGGGAAUGAAACAGAAGCUGCCUCUUUUGCUCGAGAGCAAGGCCUUGAGACGGAGGACAUCGAAGAGAUUGCCCGAAAGACUCAGGCACUGAAAAAAGCAAAUCCGAAAAGACAGCGCGUGGUGGUGUUUACCCAAGGGAAGGAUGACACUAUCAUGGCCACAGAAAAUGAAGUAAGAGCUUUCCCAGUCUUAAUUAGUGACCAGAGUGAGAUAAUUGACACUAAUGGAGCCGGAGAUGCCUUUGUUGGUGGCUUCCUGUCUCAGUUGGUCUACGAGCGGCCGAUGACAGAGUGUAUCCGGGCCGGGCACUACGCUGCCAGUGUGAUCGUCAAGCGUUCCGGUUGCACCUUCCCGGAGAAACCUGACUUCAAAUGAUACUGACAAGCUGACGGCUCAACAGGAAAUGCUGCCUACUUCCUGCCCCCCAGUGACCCUGCACUGGCGUUUCUGUACUUCUGUUCAUUUGGACCUUGGCCACAUCUCUUAGAUGCUCCAUCAUCAUCAUGUCGGACUGCAAGAUCAUCCAGGGUGCAGUUUCUGGUGCCCUGCACAUCACACUCACACACACACACACACACACACACACACACA